UAAAUUCAAUAAUUAUGGAUUUAUUCAUACCAUAAAUAUGAAUAUAUCAAGAAAUAUUUUAUACAUAUUCAGUUUAUACGUUGUUACAUUUUUUUAUAUAAUAUUAAUAAUUAGUUUUACAAUACGAUAUUCAAAACAACAUCAUGCUAAAGAGCCAAGCAUACAAGUUAUAAAGGAAGACAAUUGGCGAAAUUUAUCUAGAAAUGAUACUAUAAAACUAUCAGAACUUGGUAAAAUACUAUUUUUAGAUAAAGUACCUCCAACGCCAAAACCAACAAUAUUCAAAAUAUUAGUUUGGAAUGAUGUAGCUCGGAUAGAAAAUCGUCAUAUUAAACGAUUUGGUAAUAAAAGGUACAACCCAUGGGAAAAUUGUUUAGUUAGUAAUUGUGAAAUAAUGACGAAUCGUACGCAGUUAGAUAAAGCAGAUGCAGUAUUAGUUCCAAUACAAACCUUAAAAUCAACCAAAGAUUUACCCAUUCAUAGAAGUUCAAAACAAAUAUGGAUUAUGUUAACAGAUGAAAGUCCAUAUCAUCCAUUCAUGAGCAAACCAGCUUCAUUUCUAUCAAAAUUCAAUGGUUUUUUUAAUUGGACCAUGACCUACAGGAUGGAUUCAGAUGUUCCUGUACCUUAUGGAAGAGCAUUAAAAAAGAUAGUGGUUCCUAGUGAAACAAAUAUUGUGAUUCCUAAAGCAAAUCCUUCAAAGAAGGUGCAUGUUGUAAAUUUAAGUUCAAACUGUGGAAGCAAUAGUCAUAGAUGGGAAUAUAUUAAGGAAUUAAAAAAACAUAUCCCAGUAGAUGUAAUUGGGAAAUGUGGUAAAAAUUUAUGUCCAGGACAUUUUCAUAAAGCUUGUGAUGCAAUUAAAAAUUAUACAUUUUAUUUGGCAUUUGAAAAUUCACAUUGUACAGACUAUUUAACAGAAAAAAUAUGGUGGAAUGCGUAUGAAAAUAAUCUGAUACCAAUUAUCUUGGGACCAUCACUUGAGAAUUGUAAAAAAUUAUUACCACCAAAUUCAUAUUUACAUGUGGAUGAAUUUAGUAGUCCUGCAUCUUUAGCAAAAUAUUUAAACUAUUUAAUUAAUUCACCCAAAGAUUUUUAUUCAUUUUUUGAAUGGAAACAUAAUUAUACGAUUGUAAAUGAACAUGGUUAUUUUCAAUCACAAAGUUAUCACUUUUGUCGUAUCUGUGAAGCAUUAAAUUUUAAUUCAAAUCAUACCAAAGUUUAUGAUCGUUUAGAUCAAUUUUGGAGUGCAGAGACUGAUUGUUAUAAAUAA